AUGUCGACGAGCUCGUGGGAGUGGUGGCGGCUGCGGACCGUCCCCAUCUGUGCGACGCUCAUCGUGAUCUCGGUGUUACGAGUCACGGACUUCAGUCGGGGAGCAGCAGGCGCAGGAGGUGCGGGAACGCGCAUCGAUGUGCACCAUCACUUCUGUCCUCCCUUCUACUGGGAGUAUCUGGCGGCGCAUCGAUCCGGCCAUGGCGGAUUCAAUUGCACGCGCUACGACGCAGAGUCCAGUCUGAGAAUGAUGGACCGGCUGGGCAUCUCCAAGAGCGUGCUGUCUCUCCCGACGCCCGGAGUGGUGCUGCCGAACGUCGACCGUCAGACCAUCCGCGACAUGGCGCGCGCCGUGAACCGGUACGGCGCGCAGGUCGUCGCGAGCCACGCUGGACGCUUCGGACUCUUUGCCUCGCUGACGUUGCCUGAUGUUCAAGGUGCCGUGGACGAGGCAUUGUAUGCUCUGGACGUGCUCCGUGCUGACGGGUUCAUCAUCGGAGCCAAUCAGAUCCUGGUUCAAGACUCCAACGAACCGCUCUACGAACUCCUCAACGAGCGUGGCUCAGUUGUGCUGAUUCAUCCCGAUCUUCUACCGGGUUCCACAGAUUCGUCCCCUUCCUUCGAAGCACUGGACAUGUACAACGAGAUGGCAGACUUCCUCUUGGAUACAGUUCAUGCUCUGAAUUUCAUGAUGAUUACUAGAGUUCCCCAACGGUUUCCAAAUAUCAAGUGGAUCACAGCUCACGGAGGAGGGUUCUGGCCAUAUUCUUCCGAUCGGUUUGCUUACAAAAUUGGACCAUAUUUGGGGAUGAGUCCCGAGAAGCUGACCGAAAUGGUCAGCUCCUUCUUUUACUUUGACACUGCUGGACUCGCUGGAUCGGUUUCUAUUAAGGCUCUGACUGACUUCGUCCAGCCUGGCCAUGUACUAUUCGGAUCAGACUGGCCCCUCGUCGGCGUUGAGCUCUUGCAAACGUGCAUUUCUACCUGGGACAGCUUCCAUUUCUCAAGCAACACUCGUCGCGCCAUCUACUCUGCAGCUGCAGAGUCUCUUCUCUCAAACAAGACUUAUUUCUCUAGAAUAGGAGCAGCAGUGUCUCCUCCUUCGGAUCAGCCGACUCUUUUACCAUCCCUCUAA